GACGGACACGUUUUAACGGGUACCAGAUGUUGAAGUUUGAGUAGCAGGAGGUGGAGCCAGAGGACACUAAGACCCUGUUGUGUUCAGCCUGUCUGUUCCACCCUGGAGUCUGUGGAUGUGAGCUCCGUGCAGAUGGUGGUGGGGGGGAAGCGGGUGGGCGGCUCCAGUGUGGCCAUGGAGCGGACAGCUAGCUACACUGGAAGAGGGGCCCUGCUCUUGUCCUUGCUGCUGCUGCUGGAGGUUGGAGCCCAGUAUGAGAAAUACAGUUUGCGGAGUUUCCCGGAGAAGGAGCUGCUCCCCCUGGAGCCUUCAUACCGCUACUCCCUGGAGCAGAGCGCCGCCGGGAACUGGAGGGAAAGCAUUCGGUACCUGGAGCUGAGUCUGCGGCUUCACCGGCUGCUGCGGGACAGUCAGCUGCACUGCCAGCGGAACUGCAGCCUGGCUCCAGCCGCCGAGCUAACCCUGGGCCCCGGAUCCUUCAGCGAGCUCCGAGCGUUCGCCCAGAUCCUGCAGCGCGCUGUCUGCAUCAAGAAAUGUAAACGCUCCCUGGCUGUGUUCAAACUGCCUCCCCCGGGGAAGGACAUUCUGGAACAGUUUGAGAAGCGGCUUCCAUACAGAUACUUGGAGAAUGCUUAUUUCCAGGUGGGAACACUGUAUCCCGUGCAGCUGUAACACUG